AUGGACGAUCUUCCUUUAAAUUUUAUGGAUUCACAAGUAAAUUCGAGUUUCAUCUCAGAUUUCUCUUCUUUUAUAAAUGAGAUGAGUGAUGGAGACUAUACAAAUAAUUUUACGACUGAUCAGAUAUUUUCAACACGAGAUGAGUUGAUUCAGUGGGUUCGAGGGAUAGCAUUUCAUCUUGGUUUUGUUGUUGUCACUAUCAGAUCUGACAAAGCUACUGGUCAACCUGGGAGGAAAACGUAUGUAUUGUUAGGCUGUGAAAGGGGUGGUAAGUAUAGGAAGUAUAAAUCUGAUGUUCAGCCUAGUGUCUCUGGCACAAGAAAAUGUGAUUGUCCAUUUAAACUCAGAGGCAAACCAAUCAGUAAUGGAGAUGGUUGGAUGUUGAAGGUAAUGUGUGGAUAUCAUAACCAUGAUGUGUCUCAUACACUAGUUGGUCACCCAUUUGUUGGGAGGUUAAAAUCUUAUGAACAAUCCUUGCUUGUUGACAUGUCUAAGAGUCAAGUCAAGCUAGCAAAUAUUCUACUCACUCUCAAAGAAAAUAGUGAGUGUAAUGUCACAACAAUAAAGCAAAUUUAUAAUGCAAGAUACACUUAUAAACGAUCGUUGAGAGAUUCAAGAACUGAAUUACAACACUUGAUGAUGUUGUUAGAUCGUGAUAAUUACAUCCAUUGGAGUAGAUGUCUACAUGAAUUUGAAGUGGUUAGUGAUUUGUUUUGGACACAUCCUGAUUCUGUUAAAUUGUUGAAUGCAUUUAAUAUCGUAUUCUUGAUGGACACCACCUACAAAACCAACAAAUAUCGAUUGCCAUUACUUGAGAUUGUUGGGGUGACAUCUACAGGGUUGACUUUCUCUGCUGCGUUUGCAUUCAUAUCUAGUGAACGAGAAUCUAAUUUCACUUGGGCCCUAGAAAGAUUUAGAGGAUUAUUCAUGACCUCUGAGGGCGGUCCACAAGUAAUUGUGAGCGACAGAGACCUUGCUUUGAUGAAUGCUAUUGGUAGUGUUUUUCCUAAUUGUUAUCAUCUCCUCUGCCGAUUCCAUAUUCAAAAAAAUGUGCAAGCGAAGUGUAAAAUGUUAGUAAAUUCUGUUGACGCAUGGGAUGUUGUGAUGGAAGCAUGGGAAAAUGUUAUGUAUUGUGAAGAUGAGUCGUACUUUAAUGAUUGUGUUGACCGCCUUCGUCAUGUUUGUAUCUCAUGGCCUUUAUUCUUUGAGUAUGUCAAUGAAAGUUGGAUAAUUCCUUAUAAAAAAUUCUUUGUAAAGGCAUGGACAAAUCGAGUAAUGCAUUUAGGAAACACAACAUCAAACAGAUUAAGCUUCUCAAAUAUUUCAUCAAAUGAAUCGCUUCCUAGGUUAUGCAUAGACAAAGAAAUUGAUAUGGUUGUCAAUCGUUUCAGUGAAGUCGAUAUUGCAGGAAAAGUAACAAUCAAACAAAAGUUACAUGAAAUUGCGUGUCCUGCAAUGACAUCAAUGGUGGCUCCAACGCACAAAGUUAAAACCAAAGGUGCACAACAAAAAAAAGGUCAUCGAUCAGAACGGUCCACUAAGCGUGAUCCAUCGUACUUUGAGCAAGUCGACGCCUUCUUUUCCUCUCACAGUGGUCAUUCCAUGAAAAGUGACACGAAAUCUAAAAGGAAAUGUAAAGAAAGUGCAAUUUCGAUGUUAGAUCAAUUUCAUCCUAUAUGUCACCCUUACAUUGUGAAUGUUGUUGAUGUGGUUGCUGAUGGCCAUUGUGGGUAUAGAUGUAUUGCUGCCUUGUUAGGAAUGGGUGAGGAAUCGUGGCCCCUAAUCCGACAUGAUCUUUUUAAAGAACUUAGUCAAUGGCGUGAUGAAUACGCAAGAUUAGUAGGAUCUUAUGACCAUCUUGAAGAACUAAGGAAGUCAUUGUUAGUGGAAUCGCAAGCAGGGGCUAAUAUGGAUAAGUGGAUGACUAUACCUGAUAUGGGCUACACAAUUGCUAAUCGGUAUAAUGUUAUCUUAGUCUGCUUAUCAUCACGGCAAAACAUUACAAUUUUUCCACUACGUUCCAGACCACCAAUUGAUUCAAGACAACAUAAGCUAAUAUGUAUAGGACAUGUUCACGAUUCUCAUUUUGUUCAGGUUCACCUAAAAGAUGGUUGUCCUAUACCCAUGGUAGAUAUCAUAUCAUCUACACAUUGUUAUCCUGAGGCUCGAGCUUGGUCUGCAUUUUACGCUAACAGGAUGCAGACAUUUGUGCACUUGAUGGGUGUGAAUAGUAGUUAUGUAGACUUGGGCAUGGACUGA